AUGGAGAAGCGAGUAGAAGAGCAUCUGGAGAUGUUCCUUGGAUACCUCGGAGAGGUGAUCAUGCAGGAACAGAGUCUACACAUUAUUCUGAACGAGCGCCUGGAGAGUCCGCUCCAAGAGCAUCCUCAAAGCCUUCUAAAGUGGCCCGCAGAGAACCUUCAGAUACAUAUGAAGAAGCGAGUAGAAGAGAAUCUAGAGAUGCCUCUUGGAGGCCUCGGAGAGAUGACCGUAGAGGAACUGAGCCUACAGAUUAUUCUGAAGGAGCGCCCCGAGAGUCCUCUACAGGAGCUCACUCGAGGCCUUUGA